AUGUUGUUACGCAUUCCUCCAGUGACGGUAAACCGCAACUCCUCCUCCUCCUCUCCAAAGAGAAAGGUGCGUCAGCGCUGCCCACAGGAUCUGACAGAUGUCGCCAGAAUCCGUCGAACGUCAGCGCCAGGUGAGGUGCGCGCGACCAGCCGUCCCACCGAAACACCUGCGGUCGACGACGCCCUGCGCGGCGACCAGAAGCCAGUUGUGGCGGCGCCGCCCGGCGUUGCCUGCGUCCUCCUGUGCGAGGCCUACCAGCCGGCGAGGGAGGCGAUCGCAGGAGCCAGUGCCGCUCGUCACACAGGAGGAGGGGCUGGGAACCCGAACGAGGGGGGGCGGGCGAGGAGAAGAAGGGGGGCGGGCGAGGAGAAGAAGGGGGCGGGCGAGGAGAAGAAGGGGGCGGGCGAGGAGAAGAAGGGGGCGGGCGAGGAGAAGAAGGGGGCGGGCGAGGAGAAGAAGGGGGCGGGCGAGGAGAAGAAGGGGGCGGGCGAGGAGAAGAAGGGGGGCGGGCGAGGAGAAGAAGGGGGGCGGGCGAGGAGAAGAAGGGGGCGGGCGAGGAGAAGAAGGGGGCGGGCGAGGAGAAGAAGGGGCGGGCGAGGAGAAGAAGGGGGCGGGCGAGGAGAAGAAGGGUGGCGGGCGAGGAGAAGAAGGGGGGCGGGCGAGGAGAAGAAGGGGGGCGGGCGAGGAGAAGAAGGGGGGCGGGCGAGGAGAAGAAGGGGGGCGGGCGAGGAGAAGAAGGGGGGCGGGCGAGGAGAAGAAGGGGGGCGGGCGAGGAGAAGAAGGGGGGCGGGCGAGGAGAAGAAGGGGGGCGGGCGAGGAGAAGAAGGGGGGGCGGGCGAGGAGAAGAAGGGGGGGCGGGCGAGGAGAAGAAGGGGGGCGGGCGAGGAGAAGAAGGGGGCGGGCGAGGAGAAGAAGGGGGCGGGCGAGGAGAAGAAGGGGGGCGGGCGAGGAGAAGAAGGGGGGCGGGCGAGGAGAAGAAGGGGGCGGGCGAGGAGAAGAAGGUGGGCGGGCGAGGAGAAGAAGGGGAGGGAAAAAGUGGCGCAGGUGGAGCCACCUGGCGAGCGAGUGCCCGGGCGGCGACUGCGGCUGCGUCCCCGUCAUCCUGCCCGACGAGGGAGCGGCCGUCGAGUCUGCUGGCGGCUCGCCGAAUCAGUGGCCAGCCAGGGCACUCCUCCCAGAGGGGCGCCGCUGCCGUUCGCCAUCAGCGCGGGUGACCGCCCCGCACGCUGCCAGCACGUGCUCGGCAACAGCCCGGGCUUCUUCAGCAGCCAGCCGUCUGCAGAGGCGCCCGCAGUAGCCGCCGAUGCGCAUGCGGCUGCUCCCGAGCCUGUGGCUGGCCCGUGGUGGUUGCGGGAUGACGCCGUGCAGAACCUCUGCCACUGA